UACUAGCCAUUGACCUCGCAUUCGGAACUGUGUAACGGCGGCAGUACUCAACUCCUUCGGAUCAGCUCGAUGAAUUCCUAGUAUUUAACUUGACUGUAUUUAUUAACAUUAACGACUCCUCCCCCAACACAACACCUGUCCCGCACCAUUUGACCUUCCGACAAGAUAGGUACCUACCAAGAAUCAAAUUACAUACAUACCUACCUACCUAACUACCUAGGUAUAUGUAAACACGAGUACCAUCUCAUUCAAGACACAAUUCUCAGUUGAUAGAACAACAUGGCAGACACUCCCAAAAGAAGCGAGGAUGGCGAUUUCGAUAAAACAGUACAGGGCUUGCUGAAAGCUGACUUUGAUGACUGGCCCAACGAGGCAGGGUUUGAGGGCCUGGAUGAGAUACGUGGCCCGGUCGAGUUGACUGUCCUAGGCUAUAUACCAACCUGGGCUGCCGGUACCCUGUUCCGUACUGGACCUGGCCAGUACACUGUUGAGAAUACACCCAAGGGUACUUUCCACACUACACAUUGGUUUGAUGGUUUCGGUCACUCCCAUCGAUUUGAUAUCAUCGCUACCUCGGGCGGCCAUGAACACCCUAUCAAAGUGAAGUAUACGUCUCGCCGUCAGAGCCAAGCCCUAGUCGAUGCCGUCCAAAAAACCGGAAAGAGACCCGAUAUUGCCUUCGGUCAACGGAUGGAUCCAUGCAUUGGCCUAUUCGGCAAAGUCAUGAGCUUAUGGAGGGGAGGCAUAGCCACCCAAGGCCCUGAGUUCGAUAAUGUAUGCGUUACAAUUCAGGCCAACAUCCCUGGCCUAUAUACCAAGGAUAAAGGAACAGGUCGAUCCGGCCACAGAGAAGAUAUCAAAACUCUAUGGCUAGGUACGGAUGCUGGAAUCAUGAAGGAGGUUGACCCGCAUACUUUGGAACCCAUAGGCAUCGCCAAGCAGACCGUUCUCCACCCCCUCCUAAAGGGUCCCCUCAGUUGCGCUCAUGCUCAGAAAGACCCGGAAACCGGCGCCUUUUUCAAUUACAAUCUUGAGUUCGGAGCUCGUGCGACAUACCGGAUCUUCCGUACUACUCCAUCGACUGGCAAAACUGACAUUUUGGCUACGAUCUCUGCCCCCGACCUCAAGCCAGCCUACAUACACUCGUUUUUCCUUUCCCCUUCCUUCGUAAUCUUCUGUGUGCCCUCGUCACAUCUGGGUUGGAGGGGUAUCAGAGCCAUGUGGGAGGGCAGCCUGGUCGAAGCUAUGGAGCCAUUUGACGAGUCAAAACUCUGUCGAUGGUUCGUCGUUGACCGUAUCGGUGAUCGAGGUGUGGUUGCAACAUUUGAGAGCCCCGCCGGCUUUUACUUCCAUAGCAUCAAUUCCUUCGAGGAACGUGAUGAGAAGACUGGAAGCAUGAACGUCUACUGUGACCUCAUCGAGUAUCGCAGUACCGAGGUAAUCCAUGCCUUUGAGAUGGACGUACUUCUCCAGAAUAAUAGCGCAACGAAGAACUUUUGGGGCAACGAGGAGCGCAACCGCAACUGCCUUGCUCGGCUCGUGAGAUGGGAGUUCAAGAUUCCCAAGCUGGAUGCCCCUACGACAGACAUGUCGACUACCCGACUUGUGGCAAACAAGGUGCUAGAGAUUAAAGCACCCCAUGCCGGCGAGUUACCCACAAUCAACCCGGACUACGCGACCAAGAAACAUCGCUACGUGUACAGCCUGGCCAAUCGUGGAUAUAGCACUCUGUUUGACUCCAUUGUCAAAACUGACCUUGUGACACGUGAGACGACUUUCUGGGAUGGCCCAAAGGGACACACACCAGGCGAAGCUGUCUUCGUACCACGCCCAGAACCGCGCUACGGAGGUGUCAUGGAAGAAGACAAUGGCGUGCUCCUCAGCGUGGUACUUGAUGGGAUCAAUAAGACAAGCUAUCUCCUGUGCCUAGAGGCAAGUAGCAUGAAGGAGUUGGGACGGGCUGAGUGCCCCUUUGCGAUUGGAUUUGGCUUCCACGGAUUACAUUGGCCUCCCGCGGGUCCCAUAUAUUCUGUACCUUCAACACCUACCUCAAUAUCUCGGUCGUAAUUUAGAGGAAUAGGGGUACCGGGGCGUUGCAUGGGAGUUUCUGAGGUAAUCAAUUUACUGCUUCGUGGGCCGGAGGACUUUUCAUCCAUGCGUUGGUUUUUCAUGGCUCAUGAUAACAUCAUGGCACCCCGUGGUUGGAAAACCGGAAUUAAGGAAA